AUGAUGAUCCCAGCUGUUGUUGCGCCGCCAGCCAUGUACCCGAGUUUUAUGCGCCCCACGCCGUCCUUGCACCCGUCAUUGCAGUCGACGUUUCCUGUUCACCCAAGUUUUUUGGUGGAGGACCUACUGCGUAUCAACAGACCGACUGUAUUACUGAACCGCACUGUUCCAUCAACAAACGCCCCUCUGGUUUCAACAACUACGAACACCAUCCUGAACAAUUCAAAUCUGUCCGGCCCAGAGAGUCCUACACCGACUAAUGGAUCAUGCGCGCCGAAAACAUCUCAUUCUGUUAGGAAAGACCCAGCCUUCCUCAAAUUUGGUGUUAAUGCGAUUUUGGCACCAUCGCCAAAAAAAGUGUCCCCCGUUACGGUUCACGGUGUGCACCCUAAGGGCUUCCAUUCUCCUUACUUCGAUGGAUCAUUCUACCCGCUCGUCCGUUCCUCAUACUUUGCCUCCUCCUCAUCAGUUGUGCCUAUUCCCGGCACAUUCUCCUGGCCGCUUGCUCCCAGAGGAAAGCCUAGAAGAGGGAUGCUCCGCCGGGCAGUGUUUUCUGAUGUUCAGCGUAAAGCUCUAGAGAAAAUGUUCCAGAAGCAGAAGUAUAUCAGCAAACCCGACAGAAAAAAACUCGCUACGAAACUCGGCCUCAAAGACUCACAGGUGAAAAUCUGGUUUCAGAACCGACGUAUGAAGUGGAGAAACUCAAAGGAACGAGAACUGCUGUCUACGGGAGGCUGCCGGGAGCAAACCCUGCCCACAAAAACAAACCCUCACCCGGAUCUCAGCGACGUUGGGAAGAAGUUAUUAGAGGAAGAGGAAGAAGAAGAGGAUGAGGACAAUUUAAACCGAGAGAGCUCAAACGUACAACGUUUCUGCUACUCACCAACCGGACGUGAGCUAUCGGCCAGCAGAGAAUCAAACAAUUCCUCGCCCUACCUGUCGAGCAAACACUCGGAUUUCUCAGAUUCGGAGGAUUUCAUAACAGUUUCAUAA